AGUCUGUUACGAAGGUGUGCCCAACCCAACCAUCAUUUCUUUUCUUCUCUUAUCUCGCUCUUCAAACGGCAAACUAAUUAAACAUCGUUGAUUUGACAGCUACAACUUGCUGCAACUAACAAAUAUCAAAUUGAAAUUAUAAUUCUAUCUUUCUCGUGACUUUUCUACAAAUUUUGACGUUAAAACAAGUGUCAUAGAAAUAUUUUGAACUGAUACUUCUUACAUUGAAAUAUUUUGCAAAUUUCUUGACUUGUCAGACUCAAAAAUGUCAUUAGGAAAAGAAGCAUUUGUUACCUUGGCGACGAACGAUCGCUAUGCUUAUGGAGCUAUGGUAUUGGGACAAUCUCUGAAGAGGAGCCACACCACACGCGACCUUGUCAUUGUGAUCACCCCAUCAGUGUCUGCUCUUACCCGCGGGUUACUAGCCAGAGUUUUUAACCGCAUUGUGCAGGUUGACCCAGUGGAUUCACAUGAUGCCACGCAUCUCGCACUCAUGGCCAGACCAGAGUUGGGAAUGACCUUCACUAAGAUGCACUGCUGGAACCUUCUAGAAUAUUCCAAGUGUGUGUUUCUUGAUGCAGACACUUUGGUUCUUCAAAAUGUGGAUGACUUGUUCGAGCGACCGGAACUGUCGGCCGCUCCGGAUGUGGGAUGGCCAGAUUGCUUCAACAGCGGAGUGUUUGUGUUUGAACCGAGUGCACGCACAUUUGGAGAACUCCUAGAUCUAGCUGUGACUAAAGGCAGCUUCGACGGGGCAGAUCAGGGCUUGCUCAACCAGUAUUUCAGCUCCUGGGCUACAUCUGAUGCGAAUCGUCGUCUGUCGUUCCUGUACAACAUGGCUGCCUCCACCACCUACUCCUAUCUGCCGGCCUUCCUCCACUACGCUCAGAUGGGGGCGGGGGUGAAAAUAGUGCACUUUCUGGGGAGUGCGGUGAAGCCAUGGGACCACAGCUACAACAGCCUCACAGACGAAGUUUCUCUGCACCACUCAGUCGACCCACACACAGCCGCACAUACAAUGCCCUAUCUUAAACAAUGGUGGCGAGUAUACAAACAGGACAUCGAGCCACUGGUCAAGGAACACCUGGUAGAUGAUGAUGCCCACUCCUCCCAAAGUGUCCUCUCUCUCCCGUCAGUAGUGGGUGCAGCGCCUGGAAACUACUCGGCACGGGCGGCUUCUGCAGGUAGUGGGCCUGCCGAUAGUUCAGACCCCAGUCCCCCGGACGCAUGGGACCACGGACGGGUUGAUUACACUGGAAGAGAUAGAUUCGAUAAUAUCCAGAAGCAUCUUGAUGAGAUGAUGCUAAAAGGAGCCGAAAAGUAGAAAAACGACGUAAAACAGACCAAUCAGAGUUCAUCAUUAAAUCUUGGUUGAAAGCUUCCUUUUGCAGAAUUUUGGCAGUUAAUCCGUUUCUUUGGGAUGAGGAAGACUGAAACUUAAUCAGAAUGUUUAUUAAUGGUGAAAAUAAACUUUUGUGGGAUUUAAUUAAAUUAUUGAGGGGUUUCUUGAAAAUUGAAUGGAGGCGGAUUUGAAAGGGGAAAUUGUUGGAAGCCAUCAAACGUCGCGUCCCUGAGCUUUGCUUUAGGCGACUCAAUGUGUCGGCUAAUAUUGUCGUAUACAGUAACAGAGGUGUUUUAAAUGACUUAAAAUUAAAAAAUUGCGCUGAAUAAAUACUUUUGAGAAUCCGCUUCUCAGCGCUAUCAUUCUGAAUCCGCCCCUGGUUUUGAAAACCGAAACCCUUUUCUUGAUCUAUUUGCUUGAAGUUAGAUACAAUUGUAGUUUUGCACAUUAAAUUUGUUUUCCGGUGUCAAAUAUGAACUGUAAUUUCAUCCAAAUUUCAGCAUCACAAAUCAUAUAAAUAUAUAUAUUGAAAUGAAACAUUGAUGCUGAAACUCUUGUGGUUGUUUCUCUCAUGCUGAACCUAAUUAACCUUGAUGUUGAAUUUUAUCUUUUGUAAUCAAUUUCACUAUUUUUGCAGAACUAAUAUAUUAAUUGUCUAUGAGGAAUUUCAAACUAACUGUCACAUUGAAUGAAGGCUGGUCACCUCGGAUUAUUGAAAGUUUAAAUAUUUCAAAUGGC